UGUCAAUGCACUUCAUCAGGACGCGCGUAACCGCCAGAAAAGCGAAACCAAAGGUCCAUCUCCGACACGUUGCUUAUCCGACCACACUCACCACUGUUCUAAAUUCUCUCUUUUUUUUUUCCUUAACCAAAAAAGCUCUCUUUUUUUCUUCUGGGUUUCAUCGUUUCCAAUCUAAAAUCAUCGUAGAUUUGUUUGAAAUUCUUCAAAUUGAGCCGGUAUCAAGACAUGGCGGGAAGUGAAGCGGUAGAAGAUAAGGAGAUAAAAUCGGCGGUUUCAAGCUGUGAAGCGUAUUUCGAGAAAGUACAAUCAAGGAAGAAUCUACCCAAAUCUCUUCAAGAAACCCUAAACUCUGCUUUCGCCGGAAUCCCAGUCUCCUCCUUCCCUCAAGUCCCCGGCGGCAGAGUGAUAGAGAUUCAAGCGGAAACACCUGUAUCAGAAGCAGUAAAGAUCUUAUCAGAUAGCAAGAUUCUAUCAGCUCCUGUGAUUAACACAGAUCACGAGAGUUCUUUAGAUUGGAGAGAAAGAUAUUUAGGAAUCAUUGACUACUCUUCAAUCAUCUUAUGGGUGCUAGAGAGUGCUGAACUCGCUGCAAUCGCGUUGUCCGCUACGUCAGCAACUGCUGCUGGUGUUGGUGCUGGAGCUGUUGGAGCUCUUGGUGUUGCAGCGCUCGGGAUGACCGGUCCGGUUGCUGCUGCGGGGCUAGCCGCAGCUGCGGUUGGAGCCGCGGUUGCUGGUGGUGUUGCAGCUGAACGUGGGAUUGGAAAAGAUGCUCCAACUGCUGCUGAUAAGUUGGGGAAAGAUUUCUAUGAAGUUAUUCUUCAAGAAGAGCCUUUUAAAUCAACCACUGUUAGAACAAUACUUAAGUCGUUUAGAUGGGCUCCUUUUCUUCCGGUUUCAACAGAGAGUUCGAUGUUGAGUGUUAUGUUGUUACUCUCGAAAUAUCGGUUAAGAAAUGUGCCGGUUAUUAAAACAGGAGAACCGGAUAUCAAGAACUACGUUACUCAAUCUGCAGUUGUUCAUGGUCUUGAAGGUUGCAAAGGUAGAGAUUGGUUUGAUCACAUUUCCGCUCUCCCGAUUUCUGAUCUCGGCCUCCCGUUUAUGUCACCCAAUGAGGUUAUUAGCAUUGAGAGUGAGGAACUUAUCCUUGAAGCAUUUAAAAGGAUGAGAGACAACAACAUUGGUGGUCUCCCUGUAGUUGAAGGGUUGAAUAAGAAGAUUGUUGGUAACAUUAGCAUGAGAGACAUUAGAUAUUUGCUUUUACAACCUGAAGUCUUUUCCAAUUUCAGGUUUAUUUUUACUCACUUGUUUCUCAUUACAACUUCUCUGGUAACAAUGAUGACUGAAUGAUCUCUUUGUUGAUGAUAAAGACAACUCACGGUGAAGAGUUUCGCGACAAAGAUUGCUACAGCGGGAGAGGAAUACGGUUUAGCGAUUCCUGCAAUAACUUGUAGGCCUGAUUCGACUUUAGGGAGUGUUAUAAACAGUUUGGCUUCGAGGUCGGUGCAUCGGGUUUAUGUAGCGGCUGGAGAUGAGAAUGAGCUUUAUGGGGUUAUAACACUGAGGGAUGUGAUCUCUUGUUUCGUAUCAGAACCUCCAAAUUACUUUGAGAACUGUCUCGGUUUCUCGGUUAAGGAAAUGCUUAACCGAUGAUCUCUUGUUUCUCAGCUUUUUUUUGGCUUUGUUGUUUGUUCUUUCUUGGUUUAGAUUUCUGAAGUUGUUGUCUUUAUAUCUAAUUUGUAACCAACCAUUUUGAGUUUUAAAGUUCUAUCAUUAACGACAUCUUAGGAUUGAAAAUAUAUAUGUACUGUAAUGAUUGGAUAAAAAAUUUUCUGUUUUAUGGAUUGUU